UCGAAGGAAGCGCCGCAACGUCCGGCCGCGUGGAUGUAGCGUGAUGCUCUUUUUGCUUUUCGGUUUGUUUUUUGUUCAUCUCAUUUAUUUAUUCCGAUGUAAUCUCUUCCAGCUCGUUUUUUGUUCAGUCGGCCUUCAGUGUUACCUGUGCCGGGACGCCAAUGCCUUGUCUAUCGGUUCGCUCCCCAUUGCCUUUGGAUAAUCAGUGUUUUUGCCAAUUCAAUCUCAUUAGCUGGUGUGAAAGUGCUUAGCGAUUACAUGCGGUUUUUGGUGCUCCAUUUUCAAGAAUAUGUUCUUGUGGUUCAGCGUUAGGUGCACUAGUGUUUGAGUGUGUGUUGCCCGCGGGUUGUGAUGAUGGAAUCGUUGGAUUACCUGCUGCUUCUGGCUCGGACUUCGUUGCACAACCUUGAUCUUCUACAAAUGGAACCUCCUCAUUCGCCCAAGUUCAAUCUGCCUUUGUGGCAGCCGUGGGUAGCAUCUCCUCAAAAAGAAACUCCAAGCACAGCUUCGAGCGGUGAGUCGGAGGGUGACCGGACACUGUCGCCAGAAACGACGCGCGCGCAGCCGAAGGAGCUUACGGGCAAGUGGAGGCGCGAGCGCCGGACCAGGCAGCCCGAAUACAGGCCCAGAGAAAACGGCAAGAUGGCGCUCCGGUCGCAGUCGUUCAACGAGCGGCGGAGCGGCCCCGCGCUGGCUCGGGCGCCGCACAGCGACGGCGAGCUGGAUGACGAGGACGCGCCCGCCAACCUGACUACUAAUGGGAAAGCGCCCCCUGAGUACCCCGGCAAGCAUGAGGCCCCUAUUGACAUGCGGCUGCGCUCGCGGCCCGCGCCUCCGCCAUACAACCGGCCCUCCGUCAUCACCAAGAGCGACACUCCACCUGGUUCACUGUCGAUGUGUGACCCGGUGAUCGAUGAGCACUUCAGACGGUCGCUCGGCGACGACUACAUGAACCUGUUCAAAAAGAACACCGAGAACAGCCAGCCCGGCCCCAAGCCCAACACCAAGGACCGCGCCAGCAGCCCCAUUCAGUUCAAACCCGAGGAGCCGCCCAAACCAGCCAAAAUCAUCGCCAUGGAGGUCGACGACGCUUCUCUCUCCGUCGACGACCACUUUGCCAAGGCCCUAGGCGACACCUGGAGGCAAAUACAAACCUCAAGGUUAAGGGAAACAGAGAAAACUCAAGCCAAAGGCGGCGUUGACGACCACUUCAGCAAAGCGCUCGGCGACACGUGGAAGAAAAUACAGAACCCGAAGCUCAAUCUCGACGACGAGAAGAAAGAUCAAACGACGAAAAUUAUUUCGAGGAGCGGCGUCGUGAUAUAAUAGCGUCGUUGCGGCCUGGCGGUUCCGUUAACGACUCGGUCUUUACGAGUCAUUUCAUGAUACUAGCUCGAGUAUCAAUAAAUUCCCACUUGUUUAAUGUUAAGCUAUUUACCGUGAGCGCGGUGGAUCGUAACGUUUACGUUCGACGUCCGAAUCCAUGACAAUCUGUUACCUAAUUAGGCUUUGGGAAGUAUUUUUUUAAAGUUAUUUAGUCAAUUAGCAGUCACCAGUUACACUAUAUAAGUUAUUACCUCAGUAUAAACGCUUCUGCACGAUUCACUGUACUUAGGAUUAAGUGUUGUAAAUAUUAGUCACCUGUAGGUAUAGGUACAGUAUACUGUUAUUUAAGCUUUAGGGUAACAUUCCAUUUCUAACCGCAGCUGCACUACUUGUACUGAACGGGUCGCUGUUACUGUCAAUUUCCAUAGUAAAAUGAACAGUAGUGCAGCUGCGGUUAGAAAUAGACUGUCACCUUUAGCGUUUGGUGGGGUAAAGGUGUCGUGUGUAUUCUUGUAACUGUAAUGUUCCUCAUAUUAUAUAAGUUAGGUUUCAGUGGAUUUUUCUUCGAAUAAGCGACAAUGAAGUACCCAUCGAAAUUGAAUGUCAGUACCUACUAUAUGUAAAUAAGGGUAGGUAAAUAUAGGAUAUAUUUAUAGCUAAAGAUUUCAUUGUUCUCCGAUUGUGUUAUGAGCGUACAUAGUACAUAAUAACUACAAAAUUAGAUAGGGCUAAAUCAGUGGAAUAAAAGGGGUUCCUAUCAUAGAUAGCUGUGUUAUAUCAGACAUUUUUCCGAUUUUGCUGAAGAGAUUUUUUUUAUUUAUGUCAAGAACUGAGCACAACGCGUUUAUGGUGAUUUUGCUUAUCGCCUGAUAAUUGCGUUGCGAGAUACAAAGCGUACCUAUAUGUAUAGAAAAUUCUAUACUAAUUGGCUUAAUGUGUAAAUGUUUUAUAAAUAUCACGUGAUAAAGACAACCAAACACUCGCCAAUAUAAUUCCCAUUUAUUUAGAGAUAGAUACGAUGGCAAUUACUACAUAAUAACCGUUCAUAAUUUAAACGUCGAGUUGUAAUUAUACCUAUCAUUAAAGUCUUAAGACGUUGUCACGUGAAACUUUAAGAGGCUUUUAAAUAUUUCUGCUUACAAUAUUCAUUUACGAAAACAACGUAUUAAACGAAGCUUCAACGGUAACUGUUGAAAAUGUUGGUAUUAGCCGGGUCCACACACAGCCACAGAAUAAAUAAUAGUACUAGGUACAGAAGACUCACUCUCUAACAAAACGCGUCUGUUACGAUCAGCACAGAUAUGGCCGCUAGGUAGCGACAGCGCCACGCGCGGCUUAUGGCUUUCCCCAAAAUUGGGGUGGAACGGAUGUACUUUUAGCUACCUGUCACAAAGCGACGAAAUCGCGGAGUGAGCCACGCCUGACACAGCGAGCAUACGCGCGAGGCAAUUUCCUCGCGCACAAAACGGCCAGUGUAGACGUGCCUCGGCUCGACGCGAAAUUGCCUCGUGCGUAUGCUGUGUGUGGACCCGGCUAUUGACCAUAUUUAUUACUUGUCUACUUGUUGUAAAUUAUACGUGAAUAAAAAUAACUGGCUGUUAUGAAAAGGUUGCGAUGUGUCUCAUAAGGGGUCGGAGUUUCCAUGGCACCGUGAAACGUUGGUGAGAUAUGACUUCUGCAAAAGAAGACACUCCAUGUAAUAGAAACUAAUGAUUUCCAAAAUGAAAUCAUAUCAUCAUGUACAUUCAGAAUAUACCUAUGUAGUGCAUAAUUGUUUUUUUUUUCGUAUUUUCUCGGAAACGUUCGUAUUUGUCAUGCUAGUGCUAGUUCAGUCAAUGUCAGUACUUUUUGUACCGAGACUGACUGAAAUAGCAAGACACGUUCGUAAGUUUCCGUGAAAAUACGAUGGGGAAUAAUUAUACACUAAAGCAUGUACCUGUAUACCAACAUGAGGGCAUACAACUUAAUAAACGUAAUCAUAAUGUAGCACCAUAAUAUCUCAAAUUUCGUACGGUGAUAUGAAAACUCCGGUCCGGUUCUAAUAAUAAUAAUUUUGUAAAUAAUAAUUAAUAUUUAUGCACUUUAUAUUGUAAGAUGUCGUUGAAAAUACGCAAAUACACAGUAAGCCUGAAGUAA